AUACGGUACAGGGGAAUCCUGAGAGCGUCCAGCUGUAGUCUCAUCCGAAGCUAGAGAACUGCUACUCAAAGGGGAAAAUAUUUCAGAUAUGCCGAGGAUGUCGAGUGAAUUCACCUUCGACGUAGAUAUUCAUUCCAAGUCCAAGCUUCAGUGAGAAAUGCGGACCUUUCCCAACAGAAACAAGUGGUCCUUGCCCGCUGUGGCUUGCCUUAGCAGUUGCGGCGACACCAAAUAAGCGAAACAUGCUAGACGAAGUCGUUAUUCCAGAAGGUAAUAACUUGAACACCGCCAAGUCCUGCAACAAAAAAGUCAUGUUGGCCGCUAUCAAUGAAUUCCUGUGUCUUCAACAUAUCACUAGUAAAAAUUUUGACCUCCAAGCAGGCGGAGAGGAGAGGCUCUGGCUAAGACAGACACGAAUUUCUGAUGAAACGCAAAUGGUAAGCAAUGAUCCAGCCGUCACGCCGACUCACGGGACGUCGGACUUUCCAGCUGCAAUCCGGCUGUUGGUUGCGGUUUCUCCUUCCGAACAAACACUGUACUCUCUUGGAAUGAACUUGGUUAUUUGUUCACGACUUCAGCUUCGCCUUCGAACUCCUGCUUCCGAUUUAUCCGCCUUCAACUCCUGGAAACUCCCAGUGCUGAUUGUCCUACCACAUCUGUCCCAGCAGUCCCAGCUCCAGCGAAAUUAUGGCUGGUCUCCUGGUUUAUCCCACGUCUUACACCGACAUUCCCACUCGAGGCUUGGCAGGUUUCCGUCAAAAAAGGAUGCGUCUUUUCUCUUCAUGUUAACCCAGCACAACGACGAAAUCCUUGAAACUAUGUGCCGAUCUGGAAACCUUCUUUCAAAAGUCCUAGCUUCUACGCGGGUUACGACCAUUGCUCUGCCACUGCCACUUAAUAAUGACGAACUGGGGAUCUUGGCAAGAGGACUUACGUGUGUCGUAGGUUGUAUGUGAAUCUUCGCUGACGUCCCGCAAGGGAGCCUCCAGACCGUGUUAGACUCAAGUCCAACGUUACCGUACUAGCUCUCAUCGUCCGUCUCGCGCCUGAUUAUCAAUUCAUUUCGCUACUCACGAUGGUUAUCGGUUUACCCCAAGACAAAUUUAAUUGCUAUGUAGUAUACAUUCAUGUUCUAUUUCAGUCCUUUAAAUUACU